AUGUUCAACUCAGGAGAGUGGGCGCACUCUGUUAACUCCCUGUUGACCUCUGUUACGUCCACCAAUGACUACCUGGACGAGUCUUUGGCUUCUAUUGUGGCGCGCUCUACAUCCAGCUCGUUGCCAAGUCCCAAAGUCUUUGCUCUCAGCAAGGCUAUCUUAGGUGUAGGCACAACAUCUUCAGUACGCUUCCUGACUCCCUUAUCCGAUCUUGAUGACAUCCUGCCUCAUUCUCAACCACCAUCACCAUUAUUACCACCAAUUGUCCUCCCUGAAAUGUAUGUGGUUAGCAUGACAUUCCAGAAUAUGGCUGAAGGCAAUCGCCAAUACCCUGCACCACGGGAUCCUGGCGCUAACUAUGAGUGGACCGAAUCAGGAAGAGAAAGGGCUAGUUGA